UUGUGAUUGUUAAUUAUUGCAAACAGAGGAGUAAAUAAGAAUAAACUAUAAGGAUGAGUGUACUGGAAUGGAAAAAAGUCGAACUUUUCGAUUUAAUUUUAGAACCAUCGACAUUUCUACAGCAUAUAAAUUCGAAAAUUACGGCUUACUGCUGUAAUACAAUCGUUGAAAACAAUGGAUCAAGCAGUAAGGCCACAGUGAUUUGUGAUACAAACAGAUAUAUUCAUGUUUUGUUUGAUAACAAUGUUAAUAAACAGUCCAUAAGCUUUACAAGUCAAUACUGUCAGCAACCAGUUAUGCUGUGUGCUCUUACGACCAACAAUGUUCUUGUAUUACUCACACAGGAAGAAAACAAAAACUUGACAACACGCGUGCAAAUUUAUGAUAUAAAAAAAUUAACUAAAAAAGACGGCGCACCCUGCAUAGCUACAGCAACAUUAUCAGCUACAAGUGCGCCAACAUUUAUUCAAGCAUCUGUAAUUGAGACCGAUAUUUUUGUAAUGGGUAUUGGCUUCGAAAGAGGUGAUAUUCUGUUGCAUUACGGCAAUUUCAAUCGUGAAUUCUCUAUGAGCCGACAUUCAAUUGGGUUGCGUCCAAUUAAAGGAAUACAGUUUGAAAUAACACCCCAAAAUCCAGAAAAAAAAGCUUGCAAUAUGUUUAUCAUCAGCAGUGAUGCAGUAUAUUGCUAUGAAUUAAACGAAAAAGGAUCAAUUAACUCUAAGCUGGUUCUUGACAAUGAUAACCGUUUUCACAACCGCUGCAGUACCAUUCAUCAACAGGUCGGAACGGAGCCAUUUUUAGUCGUUGGUCGAGAUGACGCAAUAUACUGCUUCACGCGGGAUGGACGGGGUCCCUGUUAUGCGAUUGAAGGCGAAAAGCAAUACCUUUCAUGGAUAGGAAACAACUUGGCAGUGAUUACAAAAACUGCUUUUGGUAGCGCAUUUGUUAUCGUUGAUAUAGAUAAAAAAAUAAUUGUAAUGUAUAAGAAACUUCGGGAUUUGUUCUGUAUCCUUAGUGGCAAUAAUUUAUAUCAUAUUCUUACAAAAGAUCAAGUGUCUGAAGACAGUUACAAAUACAAUAUGUAUAAAUUGCAACAGAAUAGUGCGGUUCAACAAGUGCGCUUGUUUAUAGAAAAAUCGAUGUAUGAUAAUGCACUUAGAAUAUUAGGACGAGAAUUGAGCAAAGAUACAGAGAAUGCAAGUAAUAUUCGUCUGCUGUAUGGCGAUUAUUUGUUGCGCAGGGGCGAUUUGAGCCGUGCAGCUGAAGAGUUAACUGCAACAAUCGGAGCUAUAAAACCCUACGAUAUAAUAUCCAAACUUUUGUAUUCUAGGUAUAAUAGGAUCCUAUUGCAAUACCUAAAUAAGUUAUCAAAACAUAGAAAUGCUACAAAUGAUCAUAAGACACUAUAUAAGAUCUGUGAGGAUCGUGAUAACCUCACAUUAAAAAUUGAGCAGCUAUGGACCAAUAGGCAAGAAACCAAAACUAUUUGCGACUUUAAGGAUAUUUCUCAAGGCUCAAUCGAGUUUGUCGACUUGAUAGCAAACGAAAAAACUGAACUAAAUAUUAAUGAAAAUGAAUUUUACAAUUAUUUCUUAGAAUUUGGACAUGAUCUCAUAUCAUUACAUACUGAACUAAUCAUUCAGACUGUAAAAUCGCUAGUGCAGGAAAAAAAGAUACAAAAUAUAAAACGUUUUUUGACUCUUUUCUUACUUAAUGCCAAUAUUUGUGCACCAUUGUUGGCAGAGUUUAUAAAAACUUAUAGUAGCUGCGACGAGGAAUUACAUUAUUAUUUGCUCUCACUUUAUUUGGUUCUGUGGAGUGAAAAGAAAAUAACAUCGGAUUAUAUACUCGAAUAUUUAAAGCAAGCGCCACUUAAAUUUGAAAAAGCUUUGAUGAUAUGUAAGGUUUAUUUAUUUGAUAUUGGAACUGAAAAGCUUUUACAAGAUCGUGAAGAUCCGCGACCAAUUACUUGCGAAGAUACAAAUUUUUACCAAUGUAUACAGUCACACAUGAAGAAAAAUCCCGAUCUAGCAUCAUUAUUGCCCAGCGGAUCACGUUAUAUUCUAAUUAUCUUGGAGAAACUAUGCGGUAUAACAGAAAUAAAAUUAUCAGAUAUUAAAUCUUUCAUUACGGAAAGAUUUAAAAAAACUCUUAAUAAGAGUAAACUAGAGAUUCAGUCAAUUGGUGAAUUGAAACAAAAGAUUAAAACCAACGAUCUACUCAUUUCAAAUUACAAAUAUAAUCCAAUCGAGUUCCGGCCGAACACCUGUGAUAUCUGUAAGCAAUUAUUGCAUAUGCCCGCAAUCUAUUUUCUUUGCCAACAUUCAUUCCACAAAGAGUGCCUUCGUUAUAACAAUGUUGCCUCACAGUAUGAUUGUGACACAAUUUGUGUUUUCUGCAUUCUAAACGAUGAAAACUAUUCCGAAUCAAAUCAUGUAAAAAAUAUAUACAAAUCAGAUUUAGGCAACGAUAUAAUUGAAAGAAUUUCAAAUCACUUUGCAUCAGGAAUAGUCAAGUCAAAUUUACUUGAUCCGAAAAUCAAAGAGAACUCGUUACUUAUACGCAAUCCAUUUGACGAUAACUACGAUUAUAACUUUAAUUGUAAUUAA